GUGGUACUCUAUACUAACCUCAAUUUCGGUACUUCUUAAUUUGAGAUUUGGACAUGCUAGACACCACUCGGCGACCUGAUAGACAUCGACAUCGCGUGAAUCCGUUUGAAUUGAGUGACGAAGAUUUUAGGUAUAAGUAUAGGUUCUCAAAACGUUUCGGAGAAAAAAUAGUGGGUAUCUUACGUGAGGAUUUAGUGCACGACCCUCGAGGAUGCCCAUUGAGUCCAGAAAUUCAAGUGGUUUGUGCAUUACGCAACUGGGCUCGCCAUGAAAUUCAAGACGAUACAGCUGAUUUACAUGGUGUGUCUCAACCAGUAGUAAGUAGGACAUGUAAAAAAGUAGCGGAAAUUUUGUCACGGAAGUCCCGAGAAUUUAUUAAAAUGCCUACUACUUUAAAUGAACAGCAGGAAACCAUUAGGAAAUUUCGCAGUAUUGCUAAUUUUCCUACAGUAAUUGGCGCAAUUGACUGUACUCACAUACGAGUAAAGAAAGUGAAUGCUGAUGGGGGUCAGUUAUAUAUUAAUAGAAAAGGAUUUUCUUCAAUUAAUGUACAGGUGGUUUGUGACGCUGACCUGAAAAUCAUGGACAUUGUUACCAGGUGGCGUGGUAGUGUACAUGACUCCAGAAUAUUCCGAGAAUGUAGACUAAAACAGAGGUUUGAGGCUGGUGCAUUCUCUGGAAUAUUACUUGGUGACAGUGGCUAUCCUUGUACCCCUUACCUAUUUACACCGCUGCUGAACCCCACAACACCACAAGAAGAAAGAUAUAAUAGGAGCCAUAUCCGUACCAGGAACACAGUGGAAAGAUGUUUUGGUUUGUGGAAGCAACGGUUUCGUUGCCUAUUAAGAGGUAUGUUUGGAGAUAUUGAAACAGCAAAAAAAACAAUUGUUGCAUGUGCUGUACUACACAAUAUGGCCAUCGACAUGAGAGAAGAUGUGUUUUCUGGUGAGAGAGAUAGCAUUGAACAAUAUUCAUCUGAACCUAUAGUACAAAGAUAUAUUGCACCAUCAAUAAGGGGAAAUAUUAGAAGAAGACAGUUUAUUGAAACUCAUUUUCAAGAUAAUACCCAUUUAUAAAGGAAAAUAUUUCUGCAGAGCCGUUAUCAGCUGUCAAAGAAUAACGACUACAUAUUCACCAAUAUGAAAUAAAUUCAGGGGAGUAUUGUGAUAAUAUUUCAUUUAUUGAGCAAAAUGCUUUUAUUUAGGCUAUAAAUGAUUGUGUUUCAGGGAAAGAUGCGGGGUACAGCACAUUCCACAUCAAUAUGAAGCUAUAUUAUAUAAAGAUUUAAGUGCUUUAGAGAUAUAUGUUUAGAUUUUUUAAUAAAUAUCGUCCCUCCUCUACAUUCACAGCCGGAUUUCCUUUCCAGAGGUGCACGGGUCCACGGGGAGUAGGACUGUAUGAUGACUAAGUAAUUAGGUUUAGUUUUUUUUAUUAUAGUUUUUUACUAUUGUAUAUUAUAUUUCAUUGUUAUGUAAAUAAAAUGCAUAUUAAUUAUAAUUAUUUAUUUUAAUUAUUAAUAAAAGAUGUACAAAUAUUUGCAGCAAUUUAGUACCUGAAAAUAAUUGUUUCAUAUAUGAGGAUAUUUACAAACAUGUAUCUGAUAUAGUCUCAAAUAUUUAGUUUUUUUUAUAGGAUAAUGGUGAUAAACACAGUCUACCACACACACACAUACACACACACAGUCCAUCUGAUGUUAAGUAACUGCUGUGGUGCAUAGACGUCCACAUCAAUCCUCGACUACAAAUCAAAAUGCAGAUGCGUUGUCACCCGUGUGGAGUAAGAUGGAAUGCCUCGUUUCCUGUAAAAGAGGUCUCUCUCAUACAAAAUUUGUACAAAAAUUUAUCCAAAAUUUGUCAAUAAACAAGUUUAAAUGUUUUAUUAAAGAAAAAUUUUAUAAUAAGGUUAUUAUAAUAUCAAAGAAUACAUAAAUGAGAAUAUUGGAAAUACUGGAAUUGAGGUGAUCGCCACCAUGGUGGUUCUAUUAAAAUUCAUUUAAAAAUUGUACAAAUAAAAUUAUUGUUAAGAGAAAUAUGUUUAUAAAAAAGUCCCGCUGGGUUUCUUACUAGUUCUUCCCAGGACUGAGGUAUUUUCCGAACCAGUGGUAAAUAAAAAAUGUCUUUCAAUAAGUAUUCUGUAAUAAUCUAUAUUUAAUAAAAAUCAUUCUAUUCUAUUCUCAUUCUAUAAACUCACCAUAAUAAACACAGCAGCAUUAAGCUGCUAUUUAACUUGUGUUUUUCUGACUUUCUAAUAAAAAUAUUUGUAACUCUAAUUUUCUAAUUUUUAGGUUAGCUAUUUUAAUAUUGUAUUUAUGUUCCUCUUCCAUCAUUUCCAGUUGUCUUUUUUUAAAAUCUGUGUUACUUUUUACAAUUGUUUGGUGUACAUCUUCUCUUCUGUAAAAUGAAAUGGAAUACUUAAUGUAAGUUUUGUAGUUAUUUUAGAAAUUUACAAAGUAUUCUAGAGUAAUAAAAGUGCACUUAACCUUGUACACCAAUUAAAGAAAUAUUUUUUAAUUAUUUUUAAAUCAAUUCAUAUUAAACUUUGCUUUUAAUAUUUGAAAACAUGAAACAAUUUUCAGUGUUUAAAUACUAAUUUUCACAUUUUAAAAAGUAUGUAAUGUAUCAGACUAUGUAAUUUUUUCAACAUACCUAUUUUGCAAGCUAUUUUUCCUGUUUUUAAUUUUUGUUAUACCCCUAGUAAUAAUAUCUUUAUUGUUGGUUAUUUUCACCAUUUUGGCACUUUCUUCUGUAUCUGUAGUUGGAUCUAUCUCUAAAAAUUAAUAUAAAUAUAACAGUUUUAGAAAAUUAACAUUUAUAAUAUUUACAAACUUGUAUGCAUAUGAUUGUAACUAUAAUAAUAAUAUAUUUUGCUUUUUAAUAAAUAUUCAAUCAGUAUUAUUUACCUUGCACAUAUACAACAUUGGGUUCUGGAUUUUCUACAUUUUUAACUAUAGCUGUGUCUGUUUUUUCAAAAUUAAGGCGAGGCUUAGGGUCAGCAACUUCUUUUGAUGUUGUAGCCACAGUCACUGGAUCCUAAAAUAAAUCAUUAAAACAUUUAUUAACAUGUUUUCCUGUCACCUGUCAUCUCUAUUUUGCCCUUUAUUGAAUCAGGUAUUUUCUAUGUUGUAGAAAUAUUAUUAUGAUCCAAGACAAAAGGUAAUUUAAUAAAUUAUUAAUUAUAAUACCUAAUAGACAAAAAUAGAAAAUUAUAAUCGGACUGUGUAGAUAAUCUAGUAAAAUGUGUGUUAUGAUAUUAUAUAGACCACUAUAUAUGAAUUUGUGACAUUUCAAUUUUGAAUAUAAUUAAUUAUAAAGAAAUGUAUGUUAAAUUGUUACUAAGUAUAUUAAAUUUUGAAUAUUCGGAAAAUAAUUUUGGAUUGUAAAUUGUAUGCUUUAAGAGUAGAUUUCAGAGCACUACCUAGGUACUAAAGUAAUGGAAAAUAAAGUUCUUUAAUUUUAAUUAAAUUUGUAAGACAUGUAAGUAAUUUUAUUUACCACUGCAUCACUAUCAUAAUUAUUAACUUCAACGAUAAAGUCGUGAGGGGCAAUGGACAUUAUUUCCAAGUCCUCAAGAGAAGGUGAUGGAGGUUUUCCGCCACCCCCGGUCUUUGAUUGUUCCCUCCUAUAUGUGUAUAAGUUUGAUUUAGCACACAACUUCAUUCUUUUCCAAGAUAAUUUCAAUUCACCAUCUGAUCGGCGUUUACCUGUUAUCUCAUUAAAUCUAAAAAAAAAAAUACGAAAUCACGUAAACAAUACCGUACCUAUUUGUACACAUAACAAAUGCGAUAAGUACUUACUUAUUAGUUAUAUUCUUCCACUCUUUUAUUUUUUGAAUAUUUACCGAUGUUUUUGUCGACUUAUUCUCUAUUAUAUGUGCUGAUUGUGAAAUAAGUGUACGUAAUAUUUCCUAUAAUAAUAAGAACAUUCCUUUUAGUUGAAAUAAGGAUAAUAGGAGGAUAAGAGUAUUGCUACGUACUGACAAAUAAAUUUCGAUAUUUCACUAACUUUUUCUUCAGAACUCCAAUUUUCACCCCGUUUUUUCUUUUGUUCCAUUAUUAUAUAAAUAUAACUGUAAUAGCAAGUACUUAAUUAAUUAUUAAUAAUUUAAUUUACUUAUUAUAAGGCUGCAAUAUAAACUAUUUUGAACGUCUCGAAUCCCGCGCUCGCGUUACCUCUGUAAUUCACUACAUUUCACGCUAGAGUUGUUAAACUGAAAACAACUUGAUAUAAUCAAAAGCGCGUCAAAAGUAUAUGUCGUGCUUGUUCAAUAGAUUUUAACGUAAACAAAUAACAAUGUAUGAUAUGUUUUUGUAUUGAUGGAUAAUUAUUUAAGCAUAAUUAAAUGUGAAAAUAAUAUUAAUAUUUUAU